UUUCCAUUUAUUCUAUUACUUCUAUUAAUUCUAUUAUCGAUAUGAAUAUUCAUAAAUUUAUCACAUGGAAUGGCAAUCAAUACUCAUUCAAGAAGCCAGAAACUUCAUCUUUCUUAAGACAGCGCGAAUUUGAUCGAGCCAGAUUUAAAGAAGGGCUAUGGGAAAAUACUUUUGAUUCGCUGUGUAAUACUUUCUAUAUGGAUGAUAUACGUGUAUACGAACCUAACUUUUCUCGAUUAGAUUUUCCAACGGAUUUUAUCAAAUCUAUAAGCAUCGAAGAUUCCAGCGAUAACUCAUCUGACACUGAUUCUUUUCUGUCCUCUAGGCCAAUGGAAAGGUAUCGUGUUCCAGUAUGCCAGUACUGCGGGGAGGAGUUCGUGGCAGGACAAGAAACUGUACGAAAUGAAACCUGUCCACAUACUUAUCAUCGCGAGUGCGUUAAAAGCUUAACUGAGCAGCGUACGCCCGCCGGUAAUUACCGCUAUCUCCCCGCAAAAUGUCAACAUCGAAGUUGCGGCGCGGUUUUGAUUCGACAACACUAUCACAGUGUUAUUUUCCGCUACGAGACGCCUGACAAUAUUUGCACCAACUCUGGACACCGGCAAAGAAUCGCAAAUCUCAGCGACACGAUUGAUUUUCAGCGUGAGCGCAUCAAUGCAUUAAAUGAUUCGCUUCGUGAUGCGGUAGCGCAGAAUGAAAUUAUGACCGGAAGAAUCGCAGAUUUAGAACGCGAAAUUACUCGACUUAGGCGACCAGCGCAGGAUUACCAAGAUUUCGAAGAUGAUCUCAACCAUCGAGAUAAUGAUGACGACGACGACAUCGGUGAUGCACAGCAGCAAAUGGUAAAUCACGAUAAUCGAGCUGCUGGAAAUGAAAAUCAGGAUGAUCAAGCUCCAGAGAAUUACGCAAAUAACGAUAACGCAACCACCGAUUGCCAAGACGUCGAUGAGCGCAACGACCUUAAUGAACCAAUCGAUCGAGCAUUUGCGGAAGGAUUUGUUCAACCGAACGAAGAACGUGAGAUGCAACGCCGUAUGGACCAAGAGCGAGAUGCUCAAGAUGGUGUAAUUCCAGAGUCGGUUCCAACUGCGGUCAAUGCUCCAGCUCCAUCCGCUCCUAAUCUCGACGAUAUAAACCUCGAGGAGCCUCACCCAUCGAAUUCUGGACCAGUUUUAGUAGCGCCAGAACUGGGAGAAGUAGGAAACGUUGCCGGACCGUCGCGAUUUCGCGAGCCUUUCCGGCCUAGUGCACGUAACGUUUUCUCUUCAUUUUACAACUCCAAUAACGUCUUGGUAAACCACGUUAUGCGGAAUGCGACCGAACAGCGUAAUGACCAUCAACUUCGAGGCCAACCGCUGUUAGAUGAUGAAGAUGCCCCGUACGAAGACUUUAGAACGAGGCGCGAAAUACGCGUCUACGAUGGUGGCGUCCAGAGCGCUGUAUUUCCACAUCGACGUGGAAAUAUUAUGGCUAUUUUGAACCAGUCUGGCUAUACUUUCAACCCGCAGAUUCAGCGCGAGCUUCGUCACGAGUAUACUUUGCAUAGUCAGCAAAUGUACUCCUCAGUUUACACGAGCUGGUCACCGGACGACCGCCGUCCAACCACCCAUAUUUUCCUGAACGGAUGGUGGGUGAUUGGCGACGGUCUUGCUCACGGUGUUGCGAGAGAACCGCUGAGACGAGAUCCAACGUUGAAAAGUCGCUGGGACCGUAGCCGCUUCGCAGGAAGUUUUCUUUCGGCCAAACGCCUUCGCCAUAACAUUCAACAGCAUGCUCGUAACAUACCUCGAUUCUGCGUAGUGGCCAUGGGUGGACACGACCUAACGCUUGAGUCCGAGCACACGGCCAGAAUAAACACGUCAGCGUUGAUUCAAUUUUUGUUAGACCAGCGCGUGGAGCGAAUUCUCAUCCUCCCGAUAAUCAUUGCUGACCGACGACCAGAUGCGGAGACUCGUCGAUCUUACCGCGAAUGGCAGCGAGGAAUUUUACCUCAAUUAGACAGAUCUCGCGUUACCUAUCUGCAAUUUUUGGAAGAAACAGUAGAUCGCGUCCAGCCUUACCAUGCUGACCUCGCAGGCAUCAUAUAUGCGCAUCCGUUCGUGCACUUUGAUAUUAUUUACCGUUUGGCUCAUAUGUUGCGUUAUUUCGAUUAAUUCUAUACCCGUCAUUUGCGUAAAUCUUUCGUUUUCUGUUUUUUCGUUGUUUGAAUUUGUGAAUUUUGUUAUUUUUUCUAUUAUUUCUAAGUUUACGACGAAGACAUGGCGAUUCGGCUGAGUAUUCGAUGUUACCUCCUUGUCAAAGCCUGUUAUUUUCGAUAUCAUCUUUAUUCUUUUUACAUGUCUUCGUGUAUUAUCUACUUUGGAUUUUUUAGUCGCAUUUUUCUUACUAACAGGUAUUUACGAAACUACCAGUUUAUAUUAGUUCUAUUAAUUCUAAGUUCGUUGAUUUUUGAGUUUUGAAUUACCUAUUCAAAUAUUAUUUCUACUUGUUCUAUGUUAUAUUGAUUCUAUUAUUAUUGAGAUUUGAAUAGCUGUGAGUUAUGUUCCUUUU